UUCGCAGUAGUCCCGCCGGCCGCCGGAGAAAGAAGACUGUUGGAUCUGUAAACUGCAAAUGCGUUUCUUUCCACGCCGGCCAUAAUUAAUCCAACGCGUUGCGCCGAGCCGUUCCAAUUCGUGUCGUCGUCUUCCUCGCCAAUCCGCGAAUCCCCUGUUCCUCCUGCGCUGCGCCGCAGGAAGAAUCCACGCCGGAGACGACGUGGCGGCGUUGGUGGGGGUAGCUAGACAAGAAGGCAAUGCCGGCGGCGGCGGCGGCGGAGGCGAAGAUGGGGAGGGACAAGGAAGUGGUGCGGCUGGAGCGCGAGUCGGUGAUCCCCGUCAUGAAGCCCAAGCUCAUCAUGAAGCUCGCCUAUCUCAUUGAACGCGAGUCCGACAGGGAAGAAUUCUUGAAGCUCUGCAAGAGGGUGGAGUACACCAUUAGAGCUUGGUACCAUCUCCAGUUUGAUGAUAUGAUGGAACUGUUUGCUCUCUUCGACCCUGUGCAUGGUGCCAAAAAGCUGCAGCAGCAGAACUUUUCUUCUGAUGAAGUUGAUAUACUAGAGCAGAACUUCCUGACCUAUUUCUUUCAGGUGAUGCAAAAAAGCAAUUUCAACAUAGUAUCUGAUGAUGAGGUCGAACUUGCUCAUUCUGGACAAUAUCUAUUGAAUCUGCCAAUAAAAGUUGAUGAAGCAAAGUUGGAUAACAAACUUUUGACAAAGUAUUUUAAGGAGCACCAUCAUGACAAUCUACCAGAGUUCUCGGACAAGUAUGUCAUAUUUCGAAGGGGCAUAGGACUGGACCGCACUAGCGAUUUUUUCUUCAUGGAGAAAGUGGAUAUGAUCAUCACUCGUACAUGGCGAUGGCUCCUAGAGAAAACGAGACUGCAAAAGCUUUUCUUGAGAAAGAAAAAGGACAGACCAGUGAUAGAGUCCAAGAAGGAUGAUGAUCUAGUUGGUGAAGAAGACAAAGAGCUAUAUGUUGAGCGUAUACGGAUGGAAACAAUGAAGUUGAGCCUGCGGAACUUAAUUGGCAAGAUCACAAUCCAAGAGCCUACAUUUGAAGAGGUGAUUGUCUUGUACAGGAAGAAAAGUCCGAAGGGCCAGGAUGAUAGAGCAAUUCAUGUAAAGCACUUCAAAAAUAUUCCGAUGGCAGAUAUGGAGUUGGUUCUGCCCGAGAAGAAAAACCCGAGCCUCACACCAAUGGACUGGGUCCAAUUCAUUGUUUCUGUUGUUAUUGGACUUGUUACACUCAUUGGUUCACUUGAAAUGCCUAAAGCUGAUUUCUGGGUUGUGAUUGCCAUCCUUUCUGCUCUGGCUGGAUAUUGCGCUAAGAUCUAUUUUUCGUUUCAACAGAACAUGGCAACCUAUCAAAACCUGAUCACCCAAUCAAUGUAUGACAAACAACUAGAUAGUGGGAAAGGCACACUUCUGCACCUCUGUGAUGAUGUGAUUCAGCAGGAAGUCAAGGAGGUCAUAAUUUCCUAUUAUAUAUUAAUGGAAAAUGGAAAGGCUACUAUCGAGGAUCUUGAUUUGCAAUGUGAAGAGCUAAUCCAGGAAGAGUUUGGUUUGCAAUGCAACUUUGAAGUGAUUGAUGCUCUUCAAAAGUUAGAGAGACUUGGUAUUGUUACAAGAGAUUCUAUUGGAAGGAUCUGUUGUCUUCCUCUAAAGCGAUCCAAUGAAAUCAUUGGUGCUACUACUGAGGAGCUCGUUAUGAAAGCCAGACAAAGCUAGUAAAAGUAAAUGUCAAUGUGAACCAGGGGGUAAAAGUACAUCCUAGCGGAAGCCGAAUAGUUCUACUGUGAAAGUUGAGGAGAGAUGUGGCUCCGAUUUAAGUUUCUGCUGUAUUAUGUAAUGUUUAAGGUGUGCUGCAAGAAUGUAAAUCUCCUAGAACAAAUGUGAAGUUAUGUUCAAGAACUGCUGUAUUAUUUGCUGGUUGAUACAGUUAAUGAAGAAAAACAAUCCAUUCCUUGGGUUUGCUGGAUU